UCCUGAUGUGAUCAGCAGCAUACGGCAGUUAUCUAAAGCGGCCAUGAAAGAGGACGCCAAGCCCAGCAAAGAUACUGAAGAUGCCUUUUACAACUCUCAGAAGUUCGAAGUCUUGUACUGUGGAAAGGUGACAGUGACCCACAAGAAGGCCCCGUCCAGCCUCAUCGAUGACUGCAUCGAGAAGUUCAACCUGCAUGAGCAGCAGCGCCUGAAGAUCCAGGGGGAACCACGCGGCUCGGACCCCGGCGACGACCUGGCCGUCCUGGAGGAGGUGGCAGCGCCCGGGUGCCCUGGAGAUGGCCUGCCCGGCGAGGCGGACAGCGGGGUGGUCAGCUUACACCCUGGCCUGCCUGGCGGGGCCAGCCAGCCUGCUCUGUCCAGCUCUCGGGUGUGUUUCCCGGAGCGGAUUCUGGAAGAUUCCAGCUUUGAUGAGCAGCAGGAGUUCCGGUCUCGGUGCAGCAGCGUCACCGGAGUGCAGCGGAGAGUUCCCGAGAGCAGCCAGAAACCGCAGCCGCGCCGGAGGCACGCGAGUGCUCCCAGCCACGUGCAGCCGUCGGACUCGGGGAAGAACAGGACGAUGCUCUUUCAGGUUGGACGAUUUGAGAUUAACCUUAUCAGUCCAGACACUAAAUCAGUUGUGCUAGAAAAGAAUUUUAAAGAUAUCUCCUCUUGUUCUCAGGGUAUAAAGCACGUGGACCACUUCGGCUUUAUCUGUCGGGAGUCUGCAGAGGCUGGGCUGAGCCAGUACACUUGUUACGUGUUCCAGUGUGCCAGUGAGUCGCUGGUUGAUGAGGUCAUGCUGACUCUGAAGCAGGCUUUCAGCACAGCUGCCGCCCUGCAGAGCGCCAAGACGCAGAUUAAGCUGUGUGAGGCCUGCCCCAUGCACUCUUUGCAUAAGCUCUGUGAAAGGAUCGAAGGUCUGUAUCCCCCAAGAGCCAAGCUGGUAAUUCAGAGGCAUCUCUCAUCACUGACAGAUAAUGAGCAAGCUGACAUCUUUGAAAAAGUUCAGAAAAUGAAGCCUGUCAGUGACCAGGAGGAAAAUGAACUUGUGAUCUUACACCUGCGGCAGCUGUGUGAAGCCAAGCAGAAGACGCACGUGCACAUUGGAGAGGGCCCCUUGACUAUUACAAAUAGCACAGUCCCAGAAAAUGCGACAAGCAGCGGAAGGUUCAAACUUGACAUUCUGAAAAAUAAAGCUAAGAGAUCCUUAACUAGCUCCCUGGAAAAUAUCUUCUCAAGGGGAGCUAACAGAAUGAGAGGUCGGCUUGGAAGUGCGGACAGCUUUGAGCGAUCUAACAGUCUGGCUUCGGAGAAGGACUACUCGCCAGGGGACUCGCCACCGGGGACACCACCGGCCUCCCCACUGUCUUCGGCUUGGCAAACGUUCCCUGAAGAGGAUUCCGACUCACCGCAGUUCCGAAGACGGGCACACACGUUCAGCCACCCACCUUCAAGUUCAAAGAGAAAGCUGCAUUUCCAGGACGGGAGGGCUCACGGCCUGCGCUCCCCCUUGCUGAGGCAGGGCUCCAUCGAGCAGUGCAGUGACGGGGAAGGGAGAAAGAGGACCUCAUCGACUUGUAGUAACGAGUCUCUAAAUGCGGGCACGAACUCCGGCACCCCUCGCCGCGUCUCCUGGAGGCAGCGCAUCUUCCUCAGGGUUGCGUCUCCCAUGAACAAAUCUCCCUCAGCCAUGCAGCAGCAAGAUGGACUGGACAGGAAUGAGCUGCUGCCACUGUCCCCUCUCGCUCCGACCAUGGAGGAGGAACCGAUGGUUAUAUUCCUGGCUGGUGAUGAUGACCCAGACAAGAUGGAAGAACAAAAGAAAUCCAAAGAGCUGAGGAGUUUGUGGAGAAAAGCUAUACACCAGCAGAUCUUGUUGCUUCGGAUGGAGAAAGAAAAUCAGAAACUUGAAGAAGCAAGCAGAGAUGAACUGCAGUCCAGAAAAGUCAAAUUAGACUAUGAAGAAGUGGGUGUAUGUCAAAAGGAGGUCUUAAUAACCUGGGAUAAGAAGUUAUUAAACUGCAGAGCUAAAAUCAGAUGUGAUAUGGAAGAUAUUCAUACAGCUCUUAAAGAAGGAGUUCCCAAAAGUCGUCGGGGAGAAAUUUGGCAGUUCCUGGCUUUACAAUACCGACUAAGACACAGAUUGCCUGAUAGACAGCAGCCUCCUGACACGUCCUAUAAAGAGCUUCUGAAGCAGCUCACUGCUCAGCAGCAUGCCAUUCUCGUGGACUUAGGAAGGACAUUUCCCACUCACCCUUACUUUUCAGUGCAGCUCGGGGCAGGGCAGCUGUCACUCUUUAACCUCCUGAAAGCCUAUUCCUUGCUGGACAAAGAAGUGGGUUACUGUCAGGGGAUCAGCUUUGUGGCUGGAGUCCUGCUUCUGCACAUGAGUGAAGAGCAGGCCUUUGAGAUGCUCAAGUUCCUCAUGUAUGACCUUGGCUUCCGCAAGCAGUACAGACCCGACAUGAUGUCACUACAGAUUCAGAUGUACCAGCUGUCCAGGCUCCUUCAUGACUAUCACAGAGAUCUCUACAAUCAUCUAGAAGAAAAUGAAAUCAGCCCCAGUCUUUAUGCUGCCCCCUGGUUCCUCACACUGUUUGCCUCUCAAUUUUCACUAGGAUUUGUAGCGAGAGUUUUUGACAUUAUUUUUCUUCAGGGAACUGAAGUCAUAUUUAAGGUUGCACUCAGCCUGCUGAGCAGCCAAGAGGCACUUAUAAUGGAAUGUGAAAACUUUGAGACUAUUGUUGAAUUUCUUAAAAGCACGCUACCUGAUAUGAAUACCUCUGAAAUGGAAAAAAUUAUUACCCAGGUUUUUGAGAUGGAUAUUUCCAAGCAGUUACAUGCUUAUGAGGUGGAGUAUCACGUGCUGCAGGAUGAGCUGCAGGAAGCUUCCUAUGCCUGUGAGGAUAGCGAACCUAUGGAGAAGCUGGAGAGGGCCAACAGCCAACUGAAAAGACAAAACAUGGACCUCCUCGAAAAAUUACAGGUGGCUCAUGCUAAAAUCCAGGCCUUAGAAUCAAACCUGGAAAACCUUUUGACCAGAGAGACCAAAAUGAAGUCUUUAAUCCGGACUCUGGAACAAGAUAAAAUGACUUACCAAAAGACGGUAGAGCAAAUCCGGAAGCUCCUGCCGGCGGAUGCUCUGGCUAAUUGUGAAGUGCUUCUGAGAGACCUCAACUGCAACCCUAACAACAAAGCCAAGACGGGAAAUAAGCCAUAACGUAAGGGGUGCGGCCUCAGCAGAAAGUGCUUCUUAGAAUACUACAGAAAGGCAGAACCAGCCUGCCACUGGCCCGAGGCUGGACCCUGACACUGAGGGAACCACCUGUCACUGGUGCUGAGCCCCUAGUCACAGCAGGUGGACCUCACUGUCCUCAGAGAUGCCAAUCUUAAGCCAUUGUACAUAUGUAGACUGGUUUUUGUUGCUGUUGCCAUGUACAUAUAUAUAAAACAGAAGAAUUCAUGCUUUCAUGAGUAGAUGUAUAUUUAGAGCAAAUUUUUUUAGUCAAAACUUCAUGAACUCCACACCAAAGGGAAGUUCACGUGGAAUUCCCCUUGGACCCAUGUGAAAUCUUUUUGUUUUUACAGUGAAACAAAGCUAGAGCUAAUCUUUGUAUAUUGAAAUAUACUUGAAAAAAUGAAUGUAUUUUUUUUCUCCAAAGAACAGCAUGUUUCACUUAGCGGUGGAAAGGUGGAAACAUUGAUGUAACUUUAUGUGUAUCUGUCUUAAAAUCCACUGACAUUGUCUAGAUGAGAAAAAUGACUGAGUGCUCAUCAGGCUCCUCUGGGUUUUCCAUGAAGGUGGGGGUCUCUCUCCUGGCCUGCUUUGUGCCAACUAGCAUGUUGGCUAGGCAUUACUUUAGACUCACCUAAGAAGACAGCAGGACGUUGUGGCGACAUCUGCCCAGCUCAAGGUAAAGGAGAAUGUUGCUAAUUUUCUAGCAAAUCCGACCAGUAUUUUUACUCAAACCAAAAAUAUCAUGCCUCAAAAGUUUAAUGUAGGACCUCAGUUAUCUAGGUUCACUUUCCACCUUUUAAAUGACUCCUAUGGUUGUGCACAGAAUCCCCUUCAAUUGGUGCCACAGUCACAAAUGAUAAGGAGUUGCCAUUUCCUCACCCAAUUGUGAGAGCUCGUCGCUCUCUACCUUAAAUUUAGUGUAAGAAAAUGCAAUGCCUCGGCGGCUGUGGCUCAAGUGGCU